AUGGACCGUAAGUUGUUGGAGCUGCAAGCUGAAGUUUCCGAGCACCGCGAAGAGGUGGAACGGAAUCGUUUGACCAACGAAAUGACCCUCGUCGACAUCAUUUGGGCCAUAAAUCGCUUAGAGCAGAACGUCGGGCGUAACAUGAGUGUGCUGCAAGAUCGUUCGCUGGUUAUCCUUGAUCAACAGAAAUCUUGCGCGAAUCACGACCGGCUGCGCGAGAAACUGUUGGCCGACAUCCCGAGGCAAAACCUUGCAUCAUGCAAAACCCUUGAUCAGGCGUUACUUUCUUUGAAAUCGCGCAUCCCGGAUUGUGUCACACCCACAUCGUCACCACCCCCGGAAAAUCCAAGAUUAUCACCACCUCCAACAACACCCAGAACAUCAACUACCACUACAACACCGGCAACAUCAACAUCUACAACGCCACUAACAACAACUACUACAACGACACCAAUAACCGCUACUAACAUAAUCUCACAACCAACAACAACCCUGAAUCCCAAGUUACCAUCCUACACAUCGUGCAGAAACGUUCCAAACAAAGUAUCGGGAGUGUAUCUCAUUCGUGUAAACACCACCAGUGCGCCAUUUAAAGUGUAUUGUGAAAUGGAGAAGUUUGGCGGUGGCUGGAUAGUAGUGCAGCAUCGCUUCAACGGCUCGGUUGAUUUUUACCGGGACUGGGAGCAAUACCGCGAUGGCUUUGGUGAGGUGAACAGUGAAUUCUGGCUCGGGCUCGAGCGCAUGCACCAACUGACGAUCGCCCGUCCGCAUGAAAUAGUGAUUGAGAUGAAAGACUUUAGAGGCUACUAUGAUUAUGCACGCUAUAGUGCAUUUGAAAUAGGUAGUGAGAGUGAGAAAUACAACCUUAAAGCACUGGGAUCGUAUAGUGGAACUGCAGGUGAAUCAUUUUCGUACAAUGAUGAAGAACAAAUGUUCACGACGAAAGAUAGGGAUAAUGAUGGGUAUCCCGGUGUUAAUUGGGCCGUUCGUUUCAAAGGUGCAUGGUGGUACUCCACAAGUACCAAAUCGAACUUGAACGGCCCAUACACAAAUGUCAACAGUUUUCCAAAUGCAAAUUUUUGGUAUAAUUUGAAAAGCAGUUUUCAAGGAUUGAGCUUCUCCAGGAUGAUGAUCCGUGAAUUGUAAGAAUGAAUCUGGUUACACUCAUCAAGGUGCUAUUACAAUUCCAACGGAUAAACUACAUUGCUUGUUAGAAAUUAUAUAAAUAAAAAUAGAUAUUAAAGCGAU